AUGCCGAUCUUCCAUCGCGACUCCAUCGCGAGCUCAUCUUCCUCGGGCCACAGCAUCGAGGAGCCCCAUCAGGCCCACCGCAGCAACUCACUGUUUGGGAGUCGUUCCACCCAUUCCGCACACUCAUCUAGAUCUUCGAGGUCCUCAAGGUCCUCAAAAUCUGGCGCAUCGCAUCAUAGCCGUCGUCACCAUAGUCUUUUCCAGCGUUCUCCCGAGGACCCGUCAAUUCAAGCUGCCCGUGAGCAGGUUUUCCGCGCUGAAACUGCAGAGCGAGACGCAGAUAAGGCGCUCAUGGCAUCUAAAUUGGCUGUCAAGGAGGCUAGGGAUCAUGUAAAGAGCAUUGAGCGUGAAGCUGCCGAAGAAGCACGGAUGGCCAAGAUCAAGCAGGACCAGGCCAAAUCGAUCUCGAAGAGAGCCAAGCCACUUGGACGUCAUUAUUAA